AUGGCAACCUACGACGGAGGCUAUGGUGGCCAGCAGCGCCAGUAUGGUGGCCCAUCACCCCAGAGAUCUGCCCCACGACAGUAUGGCAACGCAGCGCCGCCACAGCAGUACGACGACUAUCAGAACGGAAAUGGCUAUGAUAAUUACAACGGAGGCUACGGUCAGGAUUACGGAGGGCAAGGACAAUACCAGGACCCCAACUAUGCGCGAGGCCCUCCUCCACCCCAAGAUCCAUACGCACAAGGCCCAGGGCCCGGUGGACGGCCGAUGCCCGGAGGGCGUGGAGGACCGAUUCAUCGUCCACAGACGGCCGAUCCGCACCGGGCCCGCGCUCCUCCGCCUCGAAGUCACACUCCGGGUGCCCAAGGACCUGUGAGAGGCAUGUCUAACAGUGGCCAAGGUCGAGGUGGGAUGCGCCCCGGCCCGUAUGGAGCGCAUUCGGACCCAACAGGCCGCCAACCACCGAUGAACAACACUCCAAUUAGCCCUCGAGGUGGUGGGUUUGGCGGGAACUAUCCGCCGUUCCCGGGACAAAUCAGACAGUCAGACGAACAAAUGGCUGAUCAGAUGGCUAAUAUGGACCUGAAUCAGAAACCGAUGCCGCCAGGAAGAACCAAUUCCGACAGCCAGCGGACCGCGAUGAAUGGAGGACGAGGGCCUCCAAGAGGUUACCCUGCUCAGGGCAAUCCUGAUCAGAGACGUGGACCCCCUCCCGGACAAGACCCAGGCUACGGGGCUCCGGGUGGUUAUGGAGACUACGACGAUGGAUAUAGCCCCGGUGGGCAAGGACCUCCAAGAAACGGGUUCGGACCACCUGGACGAAGUAUGACGAUGCCCGUGGAAGACAACAGCUCAAGAAGCCAAAUGCAGCCGCUGCAACGGACGGGUACGAUGCCAGUCAAUGGGCCCCCUGCUGGUCGGGGCAUGCCUCCUCAACGACCUUCAACGGCUGGUGGACAUCGACCUCCCCCACAGCGCAUGUACCCAACUGAGCCUCAGGGACCUCCGGCAAGCCAGUACAUUGGCGAGUAUGACGAAGCGCACGGAGGAUACCGAAAGCCGCCGGCAGCCUCUUAUAAUGAUGUUUAUGACCCCUAUUUCAAUAAUCAGCAAAACAACAACCCAGCCUACGGCUCGAAUCGACAACAGGAGCGAACCAGUCUUCCAGAUUUCGACGCGAUACCAUCCCAAGGGGCACGAGGAUCCUUCGAGCAGACGAUGCGUCCCAGUCAUGAGCACCAACAACAAGUGGGAGCCCACCAAACGGCGCAACUCUACCACGCCAAAUCACAGCCUGAUCUCCAACCGCAAGCAGCUGUCUUUGAGAUGGUCGGCGACGCGCCGUCCGUCCCCCCUCUUCCCCCCAUGAAUGCUAUGAAUGCCUAUCAGCAAGGUUACGACCAGGGCUAUCCUGGACCUGGAAUGCAGGAUCAAUUGCCUCCAAGUGGCCCGAGUGCGCCUCCUGGAGGUCGACCUGGCGGGUUACCGAACAACCCAGCACCAAUGAGGCCAGGUCUGCAGCAAAACCGGAAUCCAGAUAUCCUACCCUCGCACCCGACGCCGGUGCGGCCGGGCCUGAUGGCCAACUCGAUUGUUAAUCUAAAUGAAAAGCCGCCCCCAGUCCGAAAUUAUGGCGGCGUCUCGGCACCGAAUCCGCAGGCACAGCAGCCACCACCUCAGCAGCAGCACUCUCAACGCCAACAGCCACCGCCCCAGCAGCAGCAGCCGUCCCGUCAGGCGAGUGUCUCCAAGGAGCCUGUCAAGGCGGAAGCUCCGGUAACACCGCAAGAGCUGGAGCAUCUGAGAAUGGUUAUCAAGUCCAACCCUGCGGAUCAGGAAUCUGCCUUGAGGCUGGCCAAGAAGCUUAUUGAAGCCACCGACGUCCUCGUCCCCAGGCUUGAGCCUAAGCAGCGGCCGAGGGCGCGUGAGCGAUACUUGAUAGACUGCCAGAAAAUCCUGAAGAAGCUCUCCAACGCACAGAACCAGGAUGCCAUGUUCCUGAUGGCCGACAGCGUCGGUAGGGGUCUCUUCGGGCAUGAGCCUGACUUCAAGGAGGCCUUUACCAUGUAUCAGUCGGCGGCCAAGCUUGGACAUGCCGCGGCAGCAUACAGAACGGCUGUUUGCUGCGAGAUUGGUCAUGAGGAAGGAGGUGGUACUCGUAGAGACCCAUUGAAAGCGAUCCAGUGGUAUAAGCGAGCGGCAACAUUGGGAGACCCUCCUGCGAUGUACAAAGUGGGUAUGAUCUUGCUCAAGGGACUGCUUGGUCAACCUAAGAAUCCUCGCGAGGCGGUGGGUUGGCUGAAGCGGGCAUCGGAACGGGCUAACUCGGAGAACCCGCACGCACUGCACGAAUUGGGUUUGUUGUACGAGUCUGCGCAGCCCAACGACGUGAUUAUCCGAGAUGAGGCGUACGCCUACGACCUGUUCAUGCAGGCUGCGGAUCUGGGUUACAAGUUCUCGCAGUACCGGUUAGGAUGCUCUUUCGAGUAUGGCUUGCUGGGUUGCCCGAUCGAUCCUCGGCAGUCCAUCAUGUGGUACUCGCGAGCGGCGACACAGGAGGAGCACCAGGCCGAGCUGGCACUGAGUGGAUGGUAUCUGACAGGUAGCGAGGGCGUCCUGGGUCAGAGCGACACGGAAGCGUACCUGUGGGCUCGUAAAGCAGCCGUUGCAGGUCUCGCAAAGGCCGAGUAUGCAAUGGGUUACUUCACCGAGGUGGGCAUCGGUGUUCCGGCGAACUUGGAGGACGCGAAGCGCUGGUACUGGCGAGCUGCCGCCCAAGACUUCCCCAAGGCUCGUGAGCGACUGGAAGAUCUGAAGCGCGCUGGCAAGGGUGGCCAGCGCCAGCGGGAACGCAUCUCGAGAAGCAAGAUCGAGAGACAGCAGGAAGGCGAUUGCACCAUCAUGUGA